AUCAAUGAAAAAUGAAAAAUGGAAAUUUGAAGUGAUUAUUACCAACUUCAAGUUACUUAUCCAACACGAUGGGAUUUAGAGUAUUAGAUUUGAUUAACCCAUUCACCCCGUUUCUUCCAGAAGUGAUUGCGCCAGAACGUAAAGUUGCCUUUCAACAAAAGGUGAUGUGGACUGGGGUCACAUUAUUGAUUUUUUUGGUAAUGUCAGAAAUUCCACUUUAUGGGAUAGCAUCAAGUGAUGGGAGCGAUCCAUUAUUAUGGUUGAGAAUGAUGUUGGCUUCCAACAGAGGGACGUUGAUGGAAUUAGGGAUUUCCCCCAUUGUUUCGUCAUCAAUGGUCUUUCAGUUAUUACAGGGUACCAAAAUAAUCCAAGUUGAUAUGAAUAAUAAAGCUGAUAGAGACCAAUUUCAAAUUGCUCAAAAAUUAUUUGCUAUCUUGUUAGCAAUUGGACAAGCUACCGUUUACGUGUUGACUGGGAUGUACGGCCCACCAAGCAACUUGGGUAUUGGGGUUUGUUUAUUGUUAAUUUUGCAAUUAGUAUUUGCAUCCAUUGUUGUUAUUUUAUUUGAUGAGUUAUUGCAAAAAGGUUACGGUUUAGGUAGUGGUAUUUCAUUAUUCACCGCCACCAAUGUAUGUGAACAAGUUUUCUGGAAAGCUUUUGCUCCCACUACUUCAAACGUUGGUAAAGGAACCGAAUUCGAAGGUGCAGUGGUUGCAUUAUUCCACUUAUUAGGAUCAAGAAGAGACAAAAAGAGAGCAUUAUUAGAAGCUUUCUAUAGAUCCAAUUUACCAAAUUGCUUCCAAUUAUUAGCCACCAUUCUUGUAUUUUUCAGUGUUGUUUACUUACAAGGUUUUAGAAUUGAAUUGCCAGUUAAAUCAACUAGACAAAGAGGACCUUAUGGAUUAUAUCCAAUUAGAUUGUUCUAUACUUCCAAUAUCCCAAUCAUGUUACAAAGUGCUUUAACCUCAAACAUUUUCAUUAUUAGUCAAAUGUUAUUCAUUAGAUGGCCAAAUAACUUAUUUGUGAAACUUUUGGGUAGUUGGGGCCAAAGAUCAGACCAAUCUUCUCAAUUAUACGCCAUCAGUGGAUUAGCUUACUAUAUCCAACCUCCAAUCAAUUUAACCGAUGCUUUAUUAGAUCCAAUCAAAACUUCGAUCUAUAUAGUUUUUGUUUUAGGUAGUUGUGCUAUUUUUUCAACUACCUGGAUCGAAAUUAGUGGUUCCAGUCCUCGUGACGUUGCCAAACAAUUCAAAGAACAAGGUUUGGUGAUUGCUGGCCAUAGAGAUACUUCUGCUUAUCGUGAAUUGAAAAAAAUCAUUCCAACCGCAGCUGCUUUUGGUGGGGCUACCAUUGGUGCUUUAUCAGUUAUUUGUGAUUUAAUGGGUACUUUGGGUAGUGGGACUUCCAUCUUAUUGGCGGUCACCACCAUCUAUGGUUAUUUUGAAUUGGCUGUUAAAGAAGGUGGGUUAAAUAAAUCCUUAGUUAGUGGAUUCAGUGAUGGUAUUUAAUCUCUAGUGUAUCUUACAAUAAAAAUUUAAUCGUGAAGCAUUACAGCUCAACAGAGAUGCUCGUAAUUCCGUAUUGUCUUCUAAGCUCGCUGCUUCCAUGAAACUCUUGUUAAAGCUUAUUCUUGUACAUUUAUACGUUUAUACAUUAUACAUAAAUUAAUCCAGUUUCAUC